CCAGUGUAUUACCGUAAACGUAAAAGGAAGCGCAUGGGAAAUAUGUUAAUCAAUGGAACUACAAAAACGAGCACCCCAAGGACUUUCCUGACGAGUUCCAGAGAAGUUGAUUCAACCGUAAAAUCGACAGACGAUCCACUAGAUGGCCCCAUUGUUGAAACAUUAUUGAAUAGCAAUGAAUCCCCUAAGAUAAAUGUUGGUAAGGAUGAGUUGGAGCAGAUUGUCGACGGCAAACAUGAAUCUCUGGUUCUUUUUGAAAACAAAGCAACAUCAGAGCCCAUUGAUUCACGGCUUUCUUGGGUUUCGGAUAAUAGGAAAACCGAGGAAUAUGGUCCAUCGUUCUCCACAGUGGCUUUGCCUAUAGAGGACAGCUUUAUCACCACUAAAAGCACUACCACUGAAACGACUAGAGCUACAACUUCGACUCCUCCUCUUGCCACAACAGAUUCAGAGUUUUCAUGGCAAAAACCUUUUCAAGAGUCGAUAGACGUGACAAUCAUCCCUACAAUGGCACAUGCUGAUUGGACAGUGCCUCCAAUCGAUGAGAUUGAAGAUAUUAGUUUACCCCUCGAACGUACCGAUGAAGAGAAGACAUCGUCUCUAGACAGCCAAGCGGACAGUGAAGAAACAGAAAGUAGUGGCGAAGAAGAGAUAGAUGAGACUUCUACCGAACUGCCGGCAACAAUUGAGACAGCCCCGCUGCUUAUUGACAAUGUGCGGGCGGAAAAUCUCAUAAAUCGAGUGCGAGUUAUGGGUACGAAAAUGGUGCAAAGAGAUCCGAUAGAAUUACCGUCUAAUGAAGUGCCAAAUGAAGUUGAUCGUGAAAUUCUUCCUCCGCAGAAUCAUCAAAAGCGUCAAACAGAAAUUAUGGGAACAAAGAUUUUAGAAGAGGAGCCAGAGUUGGUACAUGAUGAAAUAGCAUUAAACAAGGAGAACCUGAGUGAUGCGUUCUCCGUUCUUAAACUACCCGAAACAGCCAUCGAUGCCGAGAAGAAGCAACUAGAAGAGACUUUUGGUAGCUGUAUCAAGAGUCGCUUAGGACAAAGGAUCACAGAAGUGGAACCAAUGAAAUGUGAUGCACAUUCACUUCCUCCCACUCUAGGCUCGGAACCAUGCCACAGCAAAUUACAUGUAAUAAGACACCAUUGUUCUAAGUUAGCACACUGCUGCUCUGAUGUACCAUUAUGCCGAAACGAAGUGGACCGUUCUGACGCAGCUCGCCAACUUCGCAGGAGAAAAGAGUCGGUAGCUCUAGCUUCAGCAAAAUGUCACAUUCAGAGCUACAAGGACUACAGAAAGCGGAUAAAGUUAAAGAAAGAGAAUUAUCGACUCCUUUGA